AUUACGUAUUAAGAGUAUCUAAGCAGCGUCUGUUAAAUAACAGAACUACUAUAAAUUGCUUACAGUUUAGCGCCAGAACUAGAAUAUAAUCAAUAAAUCGAUAUUAUAAAUAUUUAUUACUUUUAGUUUGGACUGUAUUUUCUUUAAAAUUAAUAAAUUAUUUAAAACUUCAUUAUUAAUAACUAUUAUGAUCUAUAUAUAUCUAUUAAAUGCAGCUCUAAGUGAAGGAGUUGCUUCUCAGCGCAGUUCUGAAUAAACGCACAAAAUAAAUGUAAAAAAUUUUGUAUUUUACUUUUCGGGUAAUUUUAUCAAAAUUAAAGGAAAAAUAUAAAAUAUUUAAUGGACAUUUUCAAAAUUUACGCAAAGUAAAUAUAAAAAAGAUGCCGCUUUUUGGAAAAAAAGAUUCUGGCAAAAAAGCCAAAGCAAAGGAUAACAAGGAAUUAAACAAACAAGUGUCAAUUGAAGAGAAAUACAAUCUGCAUGGUCUUCUAGGAACGGGUGCAUUUUCGGAAGUGCGUUUGGCUGAAAGUAAAGAUACGCCCGGAGUUCACUAUGCAGUAAAAAUAAUAGACAAAAAAGCACUUAAAGGAAAGGAGGAAUCUUUGGAAAACGAAAUUCGAGUUUUAAGAAGGUUCAGUGCUAAUCAAUACGAUGCCAAUUGUCCUAAGGGAACGCGAUUAACUCAUCCAAACAUUGUGCAGCUUCUAGAGACGUUCGAGGAUAAAUUGAAGGUGUACCUGGUCAUGGAAUUGGUAACUGGAGGUGAACUAUUUGAUCGGAUUGUAGAAAAAGGCUCAUACACUGAAAAAGAUGCAUCUCACCUAGUAAGACAAAUACUAGAAGCCGUUGACUAUAUGCAUGAACAAGGUGUUGUGCAUCGUGAUUUGAAGCCGGAAAAUUUACUUUACUAUAGUCCCGACGAUGAUAGCAAAAUAAUGAUAAGCGAUUUUGGCUUAUCCAAAAUGGAGGACUCUGGAAUUAUGGCGACCGCAUGUGGUACUCCUGGUUAUGUUGCACCUGAGGUAUUGGCCCAGAAACCUUACGGAAAAGCUGUUGAUGUUUGGAGCAUUGGAGUAAUAUCAUACAUACUUUUAUGUGGCUACCCUCCAUUUUAUGACGAGAACGAUGCUAACCUUUUCGCUCAAAUUUUAAAAGGGGAAUUUGAAUUCGAUUCACCAUAUUGGGACGAAAUAAGUGAAUCAGCCAAAAAUUUUAUAAAGAAUUUAAUGUGUGUUGCAGUAGAUAGCCGAUAUACUUGCAAACAAGCUUUGGGACACCCUUGGAUUUCUGGAAAUGAAGCUAGUAGCAAAAAUAUUCAUGGAACUGUUUCCGAGCAAUUAAAAAAGAACUUUGCUAAAUCUCGUUGGAAGCAAGCUUAUUAUGCGGCAACUGUAAUCCGACAGAUGCAGAAAAUGGCGCUUAGCAGCAAUAGCAGUGCAAAUUUUGAAUCAAUCAGCAAUAUAAACAGCAACACAAGUACUAAAAAUAAAAAGUCAUCAGGACCCUCCAUUUCGACAACUUUGCUAACAUAUGACUCUGCACAAAGUAGUACAACAAAUAUCAGCAAUUCAGCUCGAAGCAAUAUAAAUGGAUCAUCACAGUAGUACAACUAAUUUUAUUAUUUUAUUUUUGUGGUUUUUAAUACCGUAUUUUUCACUUUUGGUCUAUAAUACAUUGGUCUAUAAUAAUGCCAACCUGUUCUUCAAACCUAUGGUGAUUAACUUAUAUUAUACCGAUUCUCUAUUCCAUUUCCGUGAAUAUAUUUACAUACAUAAAACUA